AUGAGGAAACACCACCACAACUUGUUAUCGUUACUACACAAGCAUCACUCCAACCGCCGAUCCAUUCAACAAAUCCACGCUCAUUUGGUCACCACCGUCGCCAUAACCCACAAUCCACCACCCAUCACUCUCUGGACCACCAUCCUCCGCCAUUACUCACUUGGGAAUUCCCCGGAAGAAGCUUUUUUGCUCUAUAAGCACCACCUUCACCCCACCACACUGUUUUACGGCGAUAGUUUUACAUAUGCUUUCUUAAUCAAAUCUUGUGCUAAUUCACAGCUACCGAUGUCCGGCGCGCAGCUCCAUUGCAUGACGUUCAAAUUCGGGUUCGAGAGUCAUGUUUAUGUGCAAACUGCUUUAGUUAAUAUGUAUGUUGUUUGUGGGUGUUUACACGAAUGUAGGAAAGUGUUCGAUGAAAUGCCUGAGAGAAAUUUAGUCACCUGGAAUGUCUUGGUAACGGGGUUGGCGAAACAGGGUGAAAUUGUGUUAGCACGGUCUUUCUUUGAUGCAAUGCCGAUGAAGAAUGUUGUUUCUUGGAGCGGUAUGAUUGAUGGGUACACACGAGCGAAUCAAUCCAAGGAAGCCCUGUCGUUGUUUCGACAGAUGGUUGCAUUGAGCGGUUGUAUCAAGCCAACCGAGAUAACCAUUUUGGCAGUUUGCCCAGCGAUUUGGAAUCUUGAGUCUUUGGAAUUAUGUCAAUCGGUUCACGCUUAUGGAGAGAAAAAUGGAUUUUAUGCAACAGAUAUACGCGUUAUGAAUGCCCUUAUUGAUGUGUAUUCAAGAUGCGGAAGUAUAGCGAACGCUUUGCAAGUUUUCGAGAGUAUAGCAAGUGAGAAAAGGAAUCUAGUGUCAUGGACGUCCAUGAUCUCUGUGUUUGCAAUGCAUGGAAUGGCAAGGGAAGCUGUGGAUAGUUUCAGAAGGAUGGAGGAAUUGGGCAUGAAGCCUAAUCGGAUUACUUUCUUGAGCAUUCUAAGUGCUUGCAGCCAUGGCGGAUUAGUCGAAGAAGGGUUGGUGUUUUUCAAGAAAAUGGUGGACGAUUCUCGUAUUGUUCCCGAUAUAAAGCAUUACGGGUGUUUGGUUGACUUGUUGGCUAGAGCAGGGAGGCUGGAAGAAGCCGAAAAAAUGGCUUUGGAGGUACCAACAGACAUGGCUACGGACAUCCUCUGGAGGACACUUCUUGGGGCAUGCAGCUACCAUAAUAACGUCGAGAUGGGGAAGAGAGUCACAAGCAAAAUAUUCGAAAUAGAGAGACGUUAUUCCGGUGAUUAUGUGCUUUUGUCGAACAUUUUCUCGGGUGUGGGCGAUUACGUUGAUUCGGAGAAGGUUAGGAGGAAAAUGGAUGAAAUGGAUGUUUGUAAAGUACCUGGUCAUAGUUCCAUAUAAUCUUGAAGCUAGGGGUUUUCGCGAAAGCUAUGGCGAACGGGAGAAGAAAGGAAGAAGA